CAAUUUGACGAUUCUGUAAUGUGUAUUCCGGUAAAUUCUUGUUUUUCGCGUUAAUUGAGUAUGGUAAUGCAGUUCAUGAUAACGUUUUAAUUUUAUAGUGGUUUAUAAAAGUGUAGUGAAAGUCCUACGGAUUGUAUUGUUUUGUUUGUAAUUUCCGAUAAUUUCGCGAUUCCAUUGUACGAAAAUUUAAUGAGUUCAAUUGAUAUUUACAUUUCUACUUAUCAGUAAACGUAACUGUCUAAACUUAUGCGUAGAUAUAUUGUUAUACAAUGUUGUGUUUUUGUGAAGAAUCGAGAGACGAAUGUAAUUAGAAAGUCUAUAUGUUUUCUUACCAAUGGGAGUUAAAUAAUAUAAGAAUACGGUGCAUAUGAAUAGCGCCAGAAUACGUGAUUCAUAAUUUGAGUACAUAUUUGUAGUUGCGUUGAAUAUAAUGACUGACACUAGACGAAGAGUGAAGCUCUACGCUCUGAACGCUGACCGGCAGUGGGAUGAUAGGGGAACUGGCCAUGUUUCAUCUUGUUAUGUAGAAAGGUUGAAAGGCACUUCCUUAUUGGUGAGAGCAGAAUCUGAUGGAACAUUAUUGUUAGAAAGCAAAAUACAGCCUGAUACAGCCUAUCAAAAGCAGCAAGAUACUUUAAUAGUAUGGUCAGAAGGAGAUAAUUUUGAUUUAGCUUUAAGUUUUCAAGAGAAAGCGGGCUGCGAUGAAAUAUGGGAAAAAAUUUGUCAGGUUCAAGGAAAAGAUCCUUCAGUUGAAAUUACUCAGGACAUAGUAGAAGAAUCAGAAGAUGAAAGGUUUGAUGAAAUGUCUGAUAGUGUACAGCCAGUAGAGCUGCCAGCAUGCGAAAUGGGUCGUUUGGAAGACAUAAGUGAGUUGGUCAACAGUUGUCUGGUGUCACCUGCAAGGAAAGACAAAUUGGCAGCUGCAUUAGAAACUCAACACUACAUAAAAAAACUCCUCAAUCUAUUUCAUAUGUGUGAAGAUAUUGAGAACAUUGAAGGGUUGCAUCAUUUGUAUGAGAUAUUUAAAAGCAUUUUCCUUCUUAACAAAAAUACACUGUUUGACACAAUGUUUGCUGAUGAUACUAUAUUUGAUGUAGUGGGAUGUCUAGAAUAUGAUCCUAGUUUACCCCAGCCGAAAAAACAUAGAGAAUAUUUAAGAGAGCUAGCAAAAUUCCGAGAAGCCAUUCCUAUAAAAAAUAAGGAUCUACUCGCCAAAAUUCAUCAAACAUACCGAGUACAGUACAUACAAGAUAUUGUAUUACCGACACCUACAGUUUUUGAAGAUAAUCUGCUAAGCACAUUGUCCAGUUUUAUAUUUUUCAAUAAAGUAGAGAUAGUGAAACUAAUAGAAGAAGAUGACAAGUUUCUUACAGAUUUAUUUAAGUUACUAAUGGAUGAUAAGACCCCUGACCCCAAGAGACGAGAUUUAGUUCUAUUUUUAAAGGAGUUUUGUAAUUUUUCACAAAAUCUGCAACCACAAGACAAAGAUGCCUUUUAUAAAACAUUAGUUUCAUUGGGGAUCCUGCCAGCACUAGAAAUAACACUAAGUAUAGAUGAUCAGAAGACCAAGACUGCAUCUAUAGACAUACUGACUUAUAUAGUGGAGUUCUCACCAUCAGUUGUAAGGGAUUAUACUUUACAACAAGCAAGUAAUACUGAAGAGGAGCAGAUGCUUUUAAAUAUUGUGAUAGAACAAAUGCUAAGGGAUCAAGACCCUGAACUGGGUGGAGCUGUGCAACUAAUGGGUGUAUUACGCAUCCUCCUGGACCCAGAGAGCAUGCUUGCGUCAGUCAAUAAGAGUGAAAAAGCCGACUUCCUUAAUUUUUUUUACAAACAUAGUAUACAGACAUUAAUAGCUCCAUUAUUAGAUAACACAACGGGGGAGAAGCCACUCAAAGAAGACUACCACACUGUGCAGCUGCUGGGCUUAGUUCUAGAACUCCUGGCGUUCUGCGUCGAACAUCACACAUACCAUAUCAAGACAUGUAUAUUAAAUAAGGAUCUCCUACGGCGCAUUUUAGUGCUCAUGAGAUCCACGCACACUUUCCUCGUCCUGGGUGCACUAAGGUUCAUGAGGAAAAUCAUUGCACUCAAAGAUGAAUACUACAACCGUUACAUAAUUAAGGGCAACCUCUUUGCACCAGUGAUAGAUGCGUUCCUUAGGAAUAAUGGAAGAUAUAAUUUAUUAGACUCGGCUAUAUUAGAAUUAUUUGAAUUCAUCAAACUGGAAGACAUCAAAUCACUAUGUUCGCACGUUGUAGAAAACUAUGGGAAGAUCUUAGAGGAUGUUGAAUAUGUGCAAACGUUUAAAACGUUAAAAUCGAAAUACGAUCAACAUCAAGACAAACUCAAGGAGAGAGAUAGAGUGAGCGGCAGCGUGGCGGUAGCGGAAGCGGUGGUACCAUCUCUAUUACGUACGAGAUACCGACGCGAGGCGCGGCAGCCGGACGACGAGGAGGAGAUGUGGUUCAACGACGAGGACGAGCUCGAGGAUGAGGCACCAUUAGAUGCGCCAGCUACGCACGCGCAUCACGCGCUAGACGCGAUCGGUAAAAUAGUGGAGAAGAAAGUGUGCACGAGCUCGGAGAGCGUGAACGGGCCCAGCCGCGUGCUGCUGACGACGGCGACCGCCAAGCCGGCGCACGCCGACGUUCAGGUAUCCACGCCCAGAUUACUCAAUAAGGGUCUGGUGGACUACGACGGUGACUCGGACGAGGAGGAGGAGAGCGGCGGCAGCGGAAGUAGCAGCGGGCCGAGCGCGCCCGGCGAGGAGCGUGAUGCCAAGCGGCCGCGGCUCGCGUAGUGCCCGCCCGGCAAUCUCGCGUAGUGCCCACCCGGCAACAGCGCGCAGUGCCCGCCCGGCUACCUCGCGUAGUGCCCGCCCGGCUACCUCGCGUAGUGCCCACCCGGCAACCUCGCGCAGUGCCCACCCGGCAACCUCGCGCAGUGCCCGACCGGCGAUCUCGCACCGCCGCCCGGCAACCUCGCAAGCACGUUUCAAGGAAUAUAACACCCCCCCAGCGACCACGUCUCGCCUGACCUGUGCUACGGAUGCUACGUAAGCCCUUUAUAUUUUAUAAGUGUACGAGUAUGUGUUGCCUAUAUUCUCGAUGUUCCCGUACACGAUUGUCUCACGUUACGCCGACGUAUCCGAUUACAGAAUUAUAUUAUAUUUAUUAUUGCGCCGCGCCCGACCGAUCUAGCAUCGGUCCAGCGGCUAUUUAUGAUAAUCGGUAAUGUAAAAGAGUGUGUUAUGUUUGAAAAUUGCGGCCGACGUUAUCGCGCACCUGUUGGACAUUUAUUAGAUGUGUAAAUUUUGAUUAAUCAUACCUUUUUUGUUUAGUAAAUGUUCGAUAGGAACGCGUGAAAGAGAAUGAACAGAUGGCGCUAGGAUCGUUUGUAUCAACCAAUAGAAAUCGAGGUUGUGACGUCAUCGUUUCCCUAGUUGGUUACGGUUUCGGCUGUAAUUUUCAGAUACUUUAUUUAUUACACCAAUAUAUAGCUAUGCUUUCUAUAUAAUGUAAAUACGAGUGACACUUAAGUGUUGCAUUAUUAUAAGUUGAUGUAUGAAAAGUUUUCAUACAUUGUAGAGUAUAAACCGGAUGGUAUGAGAAUGUAGAACAAAUAUUGGUUAUGUAAUGUAUUAAUGUGACAUUUUAAACGGUUAGGUUACUCUUCCGAAGAAUUGUAAUCGACUAAAGUACAAAGAAAAUAUGAGUGGGAUUUAAAAUAUAUUACUGUUAGAAAAAUGGAAUACAGUGAAUGCGGAAUGGAUGUGUAGAUGCAUGUUUAUUAAGGGAAUACAAUAAAUGACCAACAAUUUCUUAGACUAAUUUUUAAAUAUUACAAUGGAAUUGCUAAACUGUAGACGAAUUGUUAAGCCGUAAUACUGCACAAUUACAAUGGUUACUUUUUCUUUAUAACAAUAUUGGAAGAAGUGCCCGAUUAUUGUAUCAGUUUAAUUUAUUAUGUAAGGUAAAGAUGAUCUGUUUGAUCUAUACCAGAACUUAACUUACAAUAAAACAUACUAUAGAGAAGGAAUAAAAUUAUUUUAAUAGUUUA